UCUGUAUCUUUCUGGAAUUCCUAUUGGAUGCUGCCCUCUGAUGUUUGUGGAAUGAACUGCUUUUGGGAAGCUGCUUUUAGAUACAAUCAUAUGAAAACACAUCCCUCUGAGAAAAUGCAUCUAGCCGUGGUUGCCUGUGGUGAAAGACUGGAAGAGACUGUUACUAUGUUGAGAUCAGCCAUUAUUUUCAGCAUCAAACCACUCCAGUUUCAUAUUUUUGCUGAGGACCAGUUGCACAAGAGAUUCAGAGACGUACUUGAUAACUUCCCCUAUGAAGGAAAAGUAAAUUACACAUUAUAUCCAAUAACAUUUCCAACUGAGAGUGCAGCGGAAUGGAAGAAGCUCUUUAAGCCAUGUGCUUCACAACGACUAUUCUUGCCAUUAAUCCUCAAAAAUGUGGACUCGCUAUUGUAUGUUGAUACUGACAUCCUGUUUUUGAGACCUGUUGAUGAUAUUUGGUCUUUUCUGAGAAAGUUCAACUCCAGUCAAAUUGCUGCAAUGGCACCAGAACAUGAAGAACCCCGUAUCGGGUGGUACAAUCGCUUUGCUAGACAUCCGUUUUAUGGAGUCACUGGAAUAAAUUCUGGAGUCAUGUUAAUGAAUAUGACACGUAUUAGGAGAAAAUAUUUCAAGAAUGAUAUGACAACAGUCCGGUUACAGUGGGGAGAAAUUCUUAUGCCACUGCUAAAGAAGUACAAGUUAAACAUAACUUGGGGCGAUCAGGAUCUAUUGAACAUUAUGUUUUUUCACAAUCCAGAAAGCCUAUAUGUCUUUCCUUGCCAAUGGAACUAUCGACCUGACCACUGCAUUUAUGGAAGCAAUUGUAAGGAAGCUGAAGAAGAAGGUAUAUUUAUUCUUCAUGGAAACAGAGGUGUUUACCAUGAUGAUAAACAACCAACUUUUAGGGCUGUGUAUGAAGCAAUAAAAAAUUAUUCAUUUGGAGGUGACUUGGUUCAUUCCCUGCUACAGCCCCUAGAAUUGGAAUUACAGAAAACAACGCAUACGUACUGUGGAAGAGUAUACAAAGUGUUCAUAAAGCAGCUAGCAAAAAGCAUAAAAGAUUUGUAUGAUAGAAGAUCAAAGGGAAGGUGAUUCUUACUCCAGGGUGUUGAAAGAAGGGACUCAAUAUACCCGCUGUUUGAGAGGUGCAGAAGGUCUAAUAUGGCUAGAAUUAACUCUUACUGUGCCCAGAUAAAAGUUUACUAGUGUAUAUAGAAAUGAAGAAAAUAUUUGUGUUAUGAAGAAUAAGAACUUUUUUUCCCGCAAAAGUGACUUUUUUACUCUUUUGUAGUUUAAUCACUGCUAAUGUUUUUCUUGGAUCUGAUGAGUUUAGAUAUUGUUGGCUUUUGUGGUCAGUAGUUUUAAUCUGCAUAAUUCGGUUAUCUUUAAUGGUCAAAUGAGAAGGG